AUGGCUUUGCCGGCCGAGACAGUCGCACCUAAACUCGAUUUAGCCGAAUGGCUUGUCCAUUUCCGAACAGGAGCGGCGGAUGAUUCUCGUCCUAUCCAAUGUGAACUACCCGCCACCAACCACAAUCAAACGCCUCGACGAAAGCUGAAGCUUUCAAUGUUACAGAGAGAGUUCACGAGGGCCGAUUAUAACAUACCGCUGGUACGGGUUUGCUUCCGAUCGCGCAAGGCAGACAUUUUAUUUACCAACACAGAGCAUUCGCAGACCAAUGCCAUGCCCCGAGCUCGCAAGACCGUCCAGAUCCCUAUCCAUGCUAUGGGGGUUUACCUCAGGCCAAGGCCGGGUCCAGAUCCUGAGUACUUGGAUCCCGCUAAACGCAAAAUCAGGGGAAAUCGCGGUCACAUCAUUUGGUUCUCCAGCGUUGGUAACAAGCCUAUCUCUUUUCCGAAUCGCAUUCGCCCUGGGACUGUCCUCAAGCCUGGUACUCUUUUCAUUCAUCGCAUAGAGAGUGAAAAUGAUGCAAGACCAGUUUGCGUCCAAAUCUGGAUCGUUGAUGCCCAGCAGGCUUGGCAGAUGGUUGCCAAUGCAAUGCAGCAGAAGCAUCCUAUGCUUAAGCAUAUGGUUCUUAUUCUUGGGAGAUCUGGGAAUCCAAACUGGGUGACACGGAAGACUGCAGACCGGCAUAUCGAGCCUGAAGUAUUAGUUGUAGAGGCUCCCUCACACGCACAACCACCGACCGAAUUCAAUCUCGCCAUUAGCCACGAUGAGAAGCGGCGCGUUGUGCUUGUCCUUGACAUCGUUCUGGACAAGAUUCAGCAUGUGGACUCAGAUGAAGUGGUCUGGGUUCGGCUCGCAUCCUCGACACGCCGCGGUAUUCAGCAGCUAGGCAUGAUCAAUUGGACGACAUACACUGACCAUGGUUUAGGCAACGACAUUGUUGAGGGCUGGCGAGCCUGCCAAGGCAAACCGUUGACACCAGCACAGACAACCGUGCUUGAUACAUUAUUAGGGAAACCGGGGCUCAACGGAGAUGAGUAA